UCCUCUUUCAAACAUCCGGUGAUGUUUAUUAUGGGAACAUCCUUCCCCCUGGAAACCGCCUCUGACACCAAUUUGGUUCCCACCCAAACAAACAAAGCUCAGUUGGCGAUUUUUCCCUCAUCAGUUGACUGGACCUUGUUCCUAAAAUUACUCUCCUAUUAGCCAGAGACGAUGUUGGCUGUUCAUUUUCUCUUUCUGUAACGUUUUGAUUGUAUUUUUUUUUAGCCAUUGCGCAACAGUGGCAGCAACAUUAUAACCUAAGCUAGCAGCAGCCCGGUUUGGUUGCUGCCUUUUUUACUUUAAAACGGAUUUGGUAAGCACGGAUGACAGCCCCGGAUCUGAUAGAGGUUUAUUGAGUCAAGCUAUAGCUAUCUGAGCACACUGAGCCCAGCAGCUGCUUUGUAAAUCAACCCCCACCCCCUUCCUGUCUGCUGCGCUGUGGUCUCGUCUUGGGCUUCCUGGACUUUUCCAAACUCUGUUACUAUGAGUGCAAUGCGCGUGGAUGCCAAAGUGGUGAUGCUGGGAAAGGAAAGUGUGGGGAAGACCAGCUUGGUGGAGAGAUAUGUUCAUCAUCGCUUCUUGGUCGGCCCGUACCAGAAUACUAUCGGUGCUGCUUUUGUUGCCAAACCGAUCCAGGUGGGAGACAAAGUGAUCACCCUGGGAAUAUGGGACACAGCUGGAUCAGAGCGCUACGAGGCGAUGAGCAGAAUCUACUACAGAGGAGCCCGGGCAGCCAUAGUCUGCUACGAUCUGACUGACAGCAGCAGCUUCCAGAGAGCUCGGUUCUGGGUGAAAGAGCUGCAGAACUGUGAGGAGCACUGUAAGAUCUACCUGUGCGGCACUAAGAACGACAUGAUUGAAGCAGAUCGGAGCCUGCGCCAGAUCGACUACCACGAUGCUCAGGACUUUGCUGAAGAGAUUGGGGCGCAGCAUUUUGAAACCUCGAGUAAAUCAGGAAAUAACGUGGAUGAGUUGUUUCACAAAGUUGCUGAGGAUUACAACAACAAUGCCUUCCAGUAUAUGACAGCCGAGGACACAGGCGUCGACUUGGGCCAGAAGAAAGACUCAUAUUUCUACUCCUGCUGCCAUAACUGAUGCUGAGCAGCAGGAAGGGAAACAGAAGUGGUCACCUUCCCCUGGCUGGAGUAAAACCUGGAUAUGAUGGAUGAGUGUCGGAUAACUCGGCUUUGGAUCUGGUAUCCAAAUCACAGAAAGAGAUAUCGAGCAGUACUGUUUAUACCUUGUUAGAUAUGUUUAUUUAUUUUGUGCCAUAAAGAACUGAAGGCUGCGGAUUUUACCGAAGAGGAUUUACGACUACUGCAACUGUUACCGGGUGGAGAGCGAUUUUUAAAAAAAGCAAAAAAAAACAACAACACACACUCUUCACCCAGUCGUGUCCUGUGUUUUGUCCCCGUAUCAACUACUCAUCUUUCUUCUGUAGCUCUGAGCUGGACCAUGGAAUUAAACACAUCACUAAAGCUGCGGUGAUAAACAGUCAGAAGCCGCGCUGUAGUUAAAAGAUGACUUUCGGCAGGGGAGAAGUUAAAGUGAUGCUGACCAAGAAAUACUGGCAGAGAAAACUUGAAUGAAGCAGUUGAUUGUUGUAGUGGGCACAGUGCUUCAGGAUGGGGAAUGUUUUGUUUACAGUAGUUCAUUAUUGUUCACCUCCAACCCCGGAGCAAACGGAGCAGCUGUGACUCAGCGUAACAUCCUGAUGUGAACUCAUUUUGUAAGAUAAUGGUUGAACAGGCCCUCACUGGCCCUGCUUGACACACUGGUUUGGCUUGCACAUGCUCAUUGAAACCCACACAAAUGAAGGGAAGCUAAGUCUGAUAUAAUAUGUCAAGGAACAAAACACUCCUCCCUUCCUCUAACUAUCUUCCCAGCCAAAUUUAAUUGAAAUUAAACCUAAUCAUACCCUUGCAAAUUUGGUGCAACACAAAUAAUACCAGUAAUCCUUUAUGAAAGCCUUUAACCUGCAGUAGAAAAAGGCAGGACUGUGUGUUUGUGUGCGUCCAAAAUCAACAUUCAGAGCUUCAGCUCCUUAUUGUUUACUACAGCAUUUGCCAUGUGACAGCAUGUACAACAUGUAUCUAGUACAUUAUCUUUUUGCACCAUAAGCUAAGAAAGCAAAGAAAUACGAUUUUAGGUGGCGGUUCCUAAAAUGUCUACAUCUACAUCAUCAAAUUGCAUGGCCCGAGUUGACUGAAAGAAAACUUUAAGGACAGUUACUUUUCUACCUUUAAACUCUAAAUUUUCUAUUUUGUAAUUUCAAAUGUUACACAUAUGGAAAUACAACUGUCAAAUUUUCUUUCAGUCUUUUCUAGCAGUGAAGGCGAGCUCAGAAAGGUUUUAGGACAAAACUAAAUUCUGACGAUUGAAGUUCCUCUUGUUGGAGGUGAGGAACUACAGAUUUCAUCAACAGGAAAAAGCUUUGUGGGUAAAUGUUGUAAUAUGGCACAAACUGUCAUCUUAAUGUUCUCAGACCAGUAUUUACAGCUAUAUUUAACUUAUGUAAAAUCUACUCAAGUCACUAAUUUAUUGCCUUUUAAGUUGCGCUGCCAGACUGACGUGGGGAAAUAAAUGGACACAUGCUGCUUUAAUGUUUCGACACUCUGCCUGUUGAUAAUUUGAUGCACAAUAUUUUUUAUUGAAAGUUACAGAGAGAUGGGUGUAAAGUACACAAAUGUUGUGGAAAAAUUAAAAUCUUCUUGAAAGAAUGUUUCAGACUUUAAAUAGACCUUAAAGUUUUGUAUGUAUUUAUUUUAUUUUUGGCCUUGUGUAUAAUAUCUAAGCUUUUUAUGCAAAAAGUGACAACAUAAUUGCAAUAUACGAUAUGUAAAAUUGUAAAAUCAGUUUAGUGUAUCAUAAAUCAUCCCAAAUAUUAGCAUUAAUGCAUCAGGGCCUACAAAACUGAAUUUGUGACACUGAAAACCUUUUUUUUCAUAUUCAGUUUGAUAUUUCUAGUUGCUUUUUUAACCUUUUUGCAGAUAAUUUUGCUGGUUUUCAAAUUGUUCAUCUCCAUUAUAGAUCAUUACAUGCUAUGCAUCCCAACCCUGAAAGUAAAAAAAAAUAAAAAAUCUUGUGCCUCGGACCAGACUUUACCCUUAACCAAAUUAAAUCCAUUGAAAACCAGCAAAACUGUCAGUAGAACAAAGCAAAUCAGCUUUAUAUAUCUCAUCCUGUUCAGUGUGAAAACGAGGAAAUCAAACUGUGAGCUUCUGUGUUUUAGAGUUCUCCUCCUUGCUGUGAUUUUACAUAGAUUUAGUUAAUCACCUGUACUUUACAAUGCCAAACACUUUUAAAAUGUUCCAAAAUGUCUUUGUUGGUGCAUUCAGGGACGCUAGGAUAUAUCAGAACUGACUAUCAUCAGUCAAAAAGCAGUUUUCAUAGAAAAGAAAAAUAACUGUAUUGAAAAUGAUGAAACACUGAAUCUAGAAACUUAAAAUAUGCUUUGGAAAAUUUGGUAGAAAUAUAAAAUAUAGGUCAAAUUGUAGAGAAAAAAAUCUGGAAACUUCUGACAAUUCCCUCUUUUUGUUUUCAAGGACAAAUUGAAAAUAUAAAAUCACUUUCUAGCUGGGGCACGUUCAUCUGUGUCGUCCUCGCUACCACUGCCUCACAGUGCUGCAAAUAAAUACAUCUUAAACACAUCGUUUACAGUAAUUGAAAGUUUAAAGAAACUGGGAAAAAAUGCUUUCGUGCGAUUUGAAGCACUUCUUUGAAUCUAGAUCACUACUUCAGCUGAUAAAACCUCGCUGACGGUAUUUUGCUGUUAUAAGGAAGGCAGGUGAUGCAUGAUGAAAUGACCAGUUUUCUCUGUAUCUCUGUAUGUAAAACCUUUCUGAGUCUGUGAAUGUAUCGCAACAUGUUUAUACUCAUUUUGAAAGUCUGGCUCAUUACUGUUUGAUUUAUUUUGUACUAGAGUUGAAUGUGUUUGUGUGAACUUUAUUUAAAUCUUUCAAUACAGUGACACUGAAAGUCUGGAUGGGGAUGUGCCAACGCUGCCUUUUCUUUUCCACCUUUGAUUCAUAAAGACUAUUUAUUUGACAUGCCUUUAAUCCUUCUGCACAGGUGUUUUUUUCACUUCUUUUGGCUCUCCUCGGGUCCCAGGACACCUCACUACAACAUUGUCACGCUUAUUAGAAAUGCUCCAAAGCCCAGCAGGCAAAGUGCUGGCUUGAUUUCAAAUAGUGUUUUUCCUGCAGAAUACAUUUCGACAUGUUACAGCAGGAAAAGCACAGGUGUAAAUAAUGAAUCUAACGAGGACUGACUUCAAUUUAGCUACUUCAGUUUCAGGGUCCUGGUCCUUGUGCAUGCUGGCUCAUUUUUACACUGUCAUGACUUAUUGGGACACUUGCCAAUGUUAUAGUAACACCUGUGACUUUCCUCCAAAGACAAGUAAAAAAAAACCCAACCUAUUUGGCACACAAAACAACACAUGCUGACCUGAAUGGACUGCUCUAUCCAGCAAGUAAACAAAUCCUGUGUCCUCACAGCGUCAUAAACUUAGAAAUAACCACAUUCUGUAUCUCACAUGGUUUUUAUGGUUGAAUCCAGGAGGUAUUGUUCUGUCUAUGGCAGUUUUUGAAAAAAUAAAGUUUACCACAGCAUCUCCA